AUGAGUCGGCGAAGGGCUCAUGAUGAUGAUGAUGGUUACGAGAGAGCAUACAGAAAACGGCGUCGUGUAUCAGAAAACCAAGAAAUCGAAGACAGGUUAGAAUCUCUCAUUCUCAGAGUAGGCGAAAAGAGUACGUCGUCCCUAGAAAGUAACUUGGAAGGUUUAGCCAGUGUUUUGGAAGCAGAUCUGUCAACUUUCAGGGCGAAGAUCUUAAGGAUCCUCACAGAUUGUGCUAUUCGAAUGCCUGAGAAAUGUACCAUUUAUACAACAUUAGUAGGGUUGUUGAACGCUAAGAAUUAUAAUUUUGGUGGAGAGUUCGUUGAGUAUAUGGUAAAAAGUUUCAAAGAAUCUUUAAAACAAUGCAAAUGGGAUGCUGCCAGAUAUGCACUCAGAUUUUUAGCAGAUCUGGUAAACUGUCACGUCAUUUCGAAUACUUCGCUUCUGCAGCUACUAAACAAUAUGAUAGAUACAGCAAAUGAAGAUAAUGUACCACAAGUUCGUAGAGAUUGGUAUGUUUUUGCUAUACUUAGUACACUACCAUGGGUUGGACGAGAAUUGUAUGAAAAGAAAGAGAAGUCAUUAUAUGACCUGAUGACUCAAAUUGAAGUAUUUUUGAACAAAAGGUCAAAGAAGCACCACAAAGCCUUAAGAGUUUGGGCAAUAGAUAGCCCCCAUCCACAAGAAGAGUAUCUAGAUUGCCUUUGGGCACAAGUACGAAAGUUGAAGCAGGAUAAUUGGGCUGAAAAACAUAUUCCUAGGCCAUAUUUGGCUUUCGAUUCUAUAUUGUGUGAAGCCUUACAGCAUAAUCUACCUUCUAUAAUACCUCCACCUCACCAUGAAACUUAUGAGUACCCUAUGCCUUGGGUUGUAUUUAGGUUAUUUGACUAUACAGACUGUCCAGAAGUGCCCAUUUUACCAGGAGCCCAAACCAUUGAAAGAUUUCUCAUUGAAGAACAUCUUCAUUCAAUUAUUGAACUGUACCACUUGGAAAGGAAAGAUUGUGCUGCUCACCUGUUGAAUUUUCCUUAUAAGUUGAAAAUUCCUCUAGAAUACUGUAUCGUAGAAGUCAUUUUUGCAGAAUUGUUUCACAUGCCCAAGCCAAGGUAUAUUGAAAUCGCCUAUGGUGCUAUUUUAAUCGAAUUGUGUAAAUUACAACCCUCUACCAUGCCCCAAGUUCUCGCACAAGCUACUGAGAUGCUAUUUAACAGAAUAGAUACUAUGAACGUUUCCUGCUUUGAUAGAUUCGUUAACUGGUUCUCAUAUCAUUUGAGCAACUUCCAGUUCAGAUGGUCUUGGGAAGACUGGGAUUCCUGUUUGACUUUGGAUGACGAGCAUCCUAAGCCUAAGUUUAUAAGAGAAACUAUGUUGAAAUGUAUGAGACUGUCUUAUUACCAGCGAAUUCGCGAAAUUUUACCAGAGAGUUUUAGCAAAUUUAUACCAGAAAAAACUGAACCUGAUUAUAAACACGCCCAAGAAGGAGCAUCUAGUUUACCCGGUACCGAAGCUGCCCACAAGUUAGUAGUAACCAUCCGACAAAAAUGUACCCCCGAAGAAGCCCUUUCAGUACUAAAAGACUUACCCAACCCGCGAUCCGAAGAAGACGCCGACGGUAGAUUCAACCCCCUUAAAAUCGACGUUUUCGUACAAACUUUAUUGAACCUGGGCUCGAAAAGUUUCUCUCACAGCUUCGCAGCUAUUUCCAAGUUUCAUUAUGUGUUCAAGAUUUUGGCCGAGUCGGAGGAAGCUCAGAUUUGCAUACUGAGGAAUAUGUUCGAAUUGUGGCAUAAUCACCAGCAGAUGAUGAUUGUUUUGGUGGACAAGAUGCUGAAGACACAGAUUGUUGAGUGCUCAGCUGUGGCGAACUGGAUUUUUUCCAAAGAAAUGAAUUCGGAGUUCACAAAGAUGUAUUUGUGGGAAAUCCUUCAUCUUACCAUCAAGAAAAUGAACAAGCACGUCAUCAAAAUUGGAGGGGAGCUGGUGGAAGCUAGAGAAAAAUUAGCGCGUGCAGAAUCUAGCGACAGCGAGUCGGAAGAUGACGAGAAGAAAAAGCAAGACGACAUUGAGAAACCGACAGAGGAAAUGAUAGAAAAAAUGGAGGAAAAAUUGGAAGGGGCCCAAGGAGAUCAGAAAAAUUUGUUCUUGAUCAUCUUCCAACGGUUUAUCAUGAUCCUGACUGAGCAUUUGGUAAGAUGCGACACAGACGGCAAAGACUACGGUACACACUGGUACAAAUGGACGAUUGGGAGACUGCAACAAAUCUUUUUGGCGCACCACGAGCAAGUACAGAAGUACAGCUCCACGUUGGAGACCCUAUUGUUCACCCAAGACCUGGACAACCACAUCCUCGAAGUAUUCCAACAGUUUGUUUCGUUAAGAGCCUAA